AUGUCAUCUCAGGAACUUGCUGUGCUGCUCUGCAAAGAAGGGGACCAGCAUCUCACCCAGCAGGAGAUACCAGCAGCCACUGCUUUCUACACGGCUGCCUUCAGCUGCAGUGCCCCCACGGCAGUGCAGAAAGUGAAUUCCUUAGAGGAAGGGCUCUGGGAGAAGGUGAUAGCCACUCUGGAGAUGUGGUGCAAAGGCAAGAAUCAGAUUCCCAAGAUCCAGAGCAAGAACUUGGCCGUUGUCUCCCCCAGUGUGGGAAUAGCUGCCAUCUUUCUCUCCACCCUAAAUCCCAACAAUAUGGCAUCCUCAGUAUACAAACUGGAGACCCUGCUGAGGCGAGGAUGCCCAGAGGAGGUGGUGAGUAAAUGCAGUGCCCUGCUCCAGGCUAACCCCGAGCCCUCGAUGGAGCUGCUGCUGCUGAGGGCGCUGGCACGGGUGCUGGCAGGCACAGAGGUCAGGAGGGGAGUUGUGGACUAUAUCCAAGCCUUUGUGAUGCACCGGGCUGAGGCGGUGGCCUACGUGUGUACUAGGCAAAGGGAGCACGUGCCACAGGUCGUCCAGGCCUUCUCUGGCUAUCUCUCAGCAGGUCAGGAGGCAAGCCCAGGCUGCAGCUCCUUGGACCAGUGGCUGGGCCACUGCUUUGAGUUCCUGUCCGCAGUGGCACCGGGUGAUGUCGGGGUGGGCAGGGUGCAGGCAGCUUACCUCCUUAAGAAAAGCAAAUUUGAGGAGUGUGUGGCAGUCUGUAACAGGGUCCUGAAGGGCUCCUCAGCUGAGGAUAACCCCCGAGAUGAGCAAGCUUUGGGUCUGCUCUUGGGGAGGGCUGCUGCGUAUUUCUGCUUGGGUGGACGGAUGCAGGAAAUGAUGCAGGAUUUAGCAGAAGCCUUUGCAGCAAGCCCUGCCCAAGCAAUGAAACACUUUGAAGAGCUUUUCUCACCACGUGACACUGAGAGGAUAGAAGAACAGGCUAGAAUGGUCCUGGAGGUGAAGUUUGCAGCCUACAGGGAGGCUGUGCGUACUCGGACUGAACUCAGAGACAACCAUGGUACUGAACUGCUCCCUGCUGUCAUCCAGCCACUCCAGCUCCUCCUGCACAUCUCCCCAGGGUCCCACCGUGAGCUCAGCGUUCGGCUCGCAGACUGCCACCUCCUGCAGGGACACAUCAGAACUGCCCUGGACAUCUGUGACCACCUCUUGGCAGCAGAGCAGAAAACUUACUACAAUACCCUCUUAGCACUGCGAGGAUUCUGCUCCCUCCACACUCAUGACCAUCAGCAAGCCUUGCAGGACUUUCAAAAGGUCAUUGAGCACGAUUCCCCACAUCCUAACAGCUGCAUCAAAGCCCUGUGUGGACGUGGACUUACCCGAAUUUCUGGUGGCAGCCAUUACUUGACAGCCCUGGAUUAUAUCACAGCUUGCCAGUUAAAACUGGAAGAAACCAUCUUCACAAUCAAGUCCUAUGUGCCGUGGAACCAAAGAGGACUGCUGCUAAAAGUUCUCCAGGAAGAAGGACAGAAGAUGCUCCAGAAGAAGAGGUACCCAGGAGGCAGUUCAGCCCCCUAACAGAAGGAGGGUGAUGCCCCUGGGGUUUACCAGCUGGCUUCUCUCUUGGUGGAGCUGGACACUUCUGAUGAAACAUCACGGAUCCUUUGUGCUGAUGCCCUGUACCAGAUGGGCCGUGUAGAAGAAGCUCACAAGCUCCUCUUGCUAACACUCUCCAGAAACCCACACAGGUCUCCCAUCCUGGCCAGACUCACACUUCUGCAGCUGAAGAAAGGUUUCAUGUAUGAUGGCAACCAGCUGCUAAAGAAAGUGAUGAGGAUUGGAGACACCUCCUGCCUCCUGCCAAUCAUGGAGAUCUUCACGGCCGCCGACCGGCAGCUGCUGCACCCCCAGUGCCGGUCCCGGGCACUGGCCAUCCUGGAGAGCAGGCAGGAGGCUGCUGGCACCAGAGAGGCCAUUGCCUACCUGUCCUUUGCCAUCAUUGCUUCAGGGGGUUAUGCAGAAGAUUGCCUUCUCCUCAGGGCCCGAUGCUAUGGGCACCUUGGUCAGAAGAAAACUGCUAUUUUUGACUAUAAUGCCAUCCUGAAGGAGGACCCCAGGAACGUGCAGGCUCUAAGUGGACGAGGACUCGUUUACCUUGCACUGCAGCAGCAGAAGGAGGCAGUGCAAGAUUUGAUCACAGCACUGAGGGUGGAGGCAGGAGCAGUGAUCCCAGCAAUCCUGUCUUUGAAGCCUGAAGCCCAAAGGUUGGUCACUCAAUGGCUCCUUCAGCAUGGCAGGACUGUGUUAACUGAGCUCCUUGCUGCUAAAGACCUUUCCAAUGAAGAAACCCUCAGGGAUCUUCUCAUGAUUGGAAAAGCACUAAUUAAAAUUUGCAGGGAUGCACAAUACCACAUCUUCUACACAGAUGCUUUGAUUGCAAAUGGUAAGGAUGAAGAGGCCCUUGAUCACCUUCAGGAAGCAUUUGGCCACUCUCCUGCUGAUGAGUUUGCUAGUGCAAGACUAGCUGUGCUGCAGCUGAAGAGGAGGAACGUGGCAGUGGCAGCUCACUCCUUCAGCACCCUAGCCAAGAGAGAUGAAAGGGAGCUGGGGUUUCUCCUCAGCUUUGUAGACGCCAAGCAACAGCAGCAUCUCUCUCAGGUAGCAGCCCAGGAAGGAAGUGUGCUGGUUAAAGGCUACCACCAUGAGAGGGCUCUUGGUUAUUACACCCUGGCUGUGCUGGCAAGCAGAGAGAACCCCAGGUACCUGCGACAGAGAGCUGCUUGCCUUAUGCACCUGCAAAGAUAUGACAAAGCUUUGCAAGACAUGGAGAAAGUGAUCCAGAAGCAUGGCUCUAACAGUCUUAAAACUCGUGUUGAGGACCACUGCUCACAAGGACAGCUGCUGCUGUCACUGGCUGAGGAAGAGGCAGCAGUUCAGCAGUAUAUCAAAGCCCUGCAGCUGGAUGAAUCUGUGGCAUUGUGCAGCAUCAUGAAUGGCCCAGGCAGUGAAAUUCUAACCAAAACUUUUCAUAAGAUUGCACAAUGUAAUUUUGACAGGCAGCAUUACGAAGAGGCCUGGACAAUCACAGACUAUGGCCUGAAAAUUGAUAAAAAUACUGAACUUAAGAAGCUGAAAACAAGACUUAAGCGAGAGGCGUCGAGCUGCAGCAUACAUUAA